AUGAACCCCGCUAAACCCGUGAUGACCUUGGACUCGCUGCCCAACGAAGUAUUCAUCCAAAUCCUAUCCGACUUCUCAACACGGGCACUUCUCCCACUCAUAUCAGUCAACCACCGAUUCUAUGCGCUGGUUUCAAGAAUCCUGCACUACCGCCUGCUCCUUAGCAUACCACUCAAGGAAUUCAAACUGCUGCUGGAAUGCUUCCAUCCUAGCUCAAAACUCACCGAGCCCCACGUCUUCUGUCAAUACCUUGGUACGAAUGGACUGAGCGAGGGUCAUGAUGCCACCCACCAGCCAGGCAGAGUGACGGGGCUAUACUCGCGCUUUCGCCCAGAGGUAAGCAGCGAUAAAGAAGAAAAAGAACGAAGCAUAAAUGGUUCGAAGUCCGGUUUUUCCACAGACAAGGCAGAGGAUGCAGUGAUACGUGAGAUCACUUUAGGUGGAUAUGAGAAUUUCUCACAGUUAUGUGUGGUGGUCAAUCUAGUGCAAGUCAAGCCAGGAACGUCGUUGCUGUUGAGUGCAUCGACUAUUGAGGAUGGUAUUAUUCGGUUAUGGAGAGAGUGGUUGCGUGGCCAAAGUAGGAGAACGAAGAAAACUACCGAGACCGACGGGGAAGGUGGCUUUGAAAAAGAGCGAAUGUCUUCUGACGAUAUACUGUGGGUGGAUAUGAGCAAGACCGUUGGGUUGAAAAUGCGCGUGCGGCCAAAGGCGUGGGAUCCAUCUUUUCCAGUGCUCAUACAUGAAGAUGAUCGGGAUGAUCACUCUUGGGAUGGAUAUGAGGUUAUUUUGCAAGAACUUCACAUUCGCUCCACGCGUUUGCUUUUGGCUGUCGAGCAGUCAAAGGAAGAGCUGAAAAUCCACCAAACCAACGCAAUGGUGAUUGGGGCGGCCCCAAUCUCAGUAUCUUGA